AUUAGUGGUUAUGUUUAUUGUUGUUUAAAUCACCAAAUACUGAACAAUAUUUUGUUUACAAAAAUGACUAACAAUUAACCACAACUUUUGAUCAUCCACUUACUUGUUGUUUCUACUAUUCAACAAUAUUUUAAUGUUUUAUCUUAUUAACCAUGACGGAAGGAAGUUCAAGAACAAAGCGUAUGGGAACGAGAUUUUUUAAAAAUCCUCCUCAACCUCAUAUGUGCAUACAAGAUUUUUUAAGAGGGUCCGUGCAUCCGUGCUAUAUAAAUGUUUUAUCAUGGGAUAAGAUAGCUAUGGCAAGUUGUCCUUUUGAACGUUUGCCACUCUAUGGUGGUAUGAAAAUAAAUCCACCAAGGACAGAAAAGCCAGAGGUUAAUGUUUUUUUUGUGAUGGCUAAUCCAGAAGUUUUACGAAAAAAAGGCAAAUAUGCUCAUGAUCUGAAGGAACAAUCUAUUUUGAUAGAACUGCUACUUAAUUUUAUCGAGGCUAUGAAUAAUGGAGUAGAAUUUAUGAGACAAUACAAAAUUCUAAAUGAUCGUGAUAUAACUGGUGAAUUAAAAGAAAUAUGGAUGGUUGUACAAAGUGAUAAAGCGCGAGCACAAAGUGAUCCAGUUAGUGAAGAAGUUAAAAGACCAGUUCCGCAAUAUCCACUAUAUUCUGAGCAAGAACAGCAACAACAGCAAAAAAAACAGCAUCAGCAGCAACAAUACCGACCUCCACCACCACAAACUCAGCAUCAAAUUCAGCAGAUACAUCAGACUCAUAGUGAAGAUUCUCAUCAGCAAAUUCAACCUCAACCGCCUCAAUACCACUCAAACUACUCAAUGCAAAGUCGUGGACCUGUAAAAACAUCUGAAAAUUAUGAUUUAGCUUACGUUCGUCAACCUCAAAAUUUACCGAUGCCUCAGAAUGAUCAUAUUUAUCAACCUUGGUCUACGUCAUUGCAAUAUGCUAAUCGAGUUAGAAGAAUGGAACAGAAAAUCAGUUCACGAGAAGCUAGAGAGUUUUUAGCUUCUAAUGUAUCAGUUAAUUCUUCACCUCAACAACAUUCUAUGUCAUAUCCAGCAUCUCAGUAUCAGUAUCAACUCCCACGACAAAUAGGACCAGCGUAUAAUGAACCCAAAGUUCAACCUAAUGCAAGUGCUCUUACCUGCUCUACGAUAACUACGUCUGGUGGUAUAAAUCCUGGCAUUAGUCCCGGCUCUCAAAUGCACUAUGAUCACUAUUAUUUACCUAUGCGUUUACCGGAAAAAAACGUGUGUGUUAAAGUUCAUCGAGUGCAGCAGCCGCAGCAACCGCAAUUACAACUUGCAAAUCCCAUUCAUAUGGCUCCUGUUCCACCUUAUGAACCAAUCGAUCCUUUUUAUGACCCGCAAAUGAAUUCAUCUUUUAAUUGGAGAUCUUAUCCGUCUCAGAAUCACACCACACUGCCGAAAAAUAAUAACAAUAAACGACAAUUUUCCCCUUCACAUACCAGUAAUAAUGGGCCUAAAGAAAAUUCCGAAAAAAGUAAAAUGCCAAUUAAAGUACUACAACGAGAUAAUUCAAACAAUUCUAGUUCAAACGUUGAUUCUAUUAAUUCUGAAAUAUCCAUGGAUAAAUCUGAUCAAGAAUUUGACAAUACAGCUAAUAAAAAGAAAAUUCAAGUUACAGAUUUGGAUGACGAUGAAUUACAAAUUACACCAACUUGUGAUAACUCUGAAGAAAUACAGAAUUUGGAUGAUAUUCAAACUCAAAAAAUAAUACAAGAAAGCAGCUCUAAAAACCAAGUUAGAACAAAAAUCUUGGUACCAAAAAGAAAUAAGAUAUCUAAUGACAGUAAAUCGAUAUUAAAAAAUGGUAACUCGGUUACGAAUGAUAUUGAAAUUGAACAGCCAAGUAAUAUAGAAAAUACAGUGAUUGAAGAAAAAAAUCAGCAAAUAAACAUUUCUGAAUCCGAGCGAAAUGGUUUUAAUAAUGAUAAACCAAUAAAAAGUGAUAGUAAAGUUUCUAAGGUAAUAAAUAAUUGCAGUAGCGCAACGGUAAUAAAUGCCGGUACUUCUGAAGAUAAUAAUGAACACUGCGAGUCUAAAGUUAAUGGACAGGGUUACAAUUUAAACAAAAGUGAUGAACAGGUUUAUCAAGUGUACACAAUACUAAGAAAAUCUGAUGUCGCAUCAACGCAGGAUGGAUUGACAAACGAAAUAACUCAGAUGGCGAUUAAAGAUUGCACGGAAACAAGUGAGAUGGGUGCCGUGCCUUCGUGAUAGUCUACGGUGGAUGUAGUUUUAAGUUAUAUAAUUAAGACAACUUUAAAUGUAAAUAGUUAUAUGGAGAGUUCAGUUGAUAAGCAACUAAAAACAAAUUAGGUUGAUCAAUUUAAAAGACAAUGUAAGCAUAAAAUGUAGAUAACUUUACUCAAAUGUUCUUCCAUAUGAAUUAAGGUAAUGACGAUUAAUUUACAACUCAGAGUAAAGUAAAAAAAUUUUUCGAUCGUAAAGCACUCUCUGAUGCUUCGCAUCAUGAGUCGUACAAAAUCAUAACAAAAAGAAAGUUUGAACAGCAUUGAAUAAUAUAAGGAUGUAAGGAUGUCAUGUAUAGAGUUUUUAUAACCUGAAGUACUAAAAUUGUACAACUUGAUAGCGUAUAGGCUGUGAAAACUUAAAAAUUUUGGUGCAUGUUUCUCUUAUUUGUACGUAAAAAGAGAUCUUGUGGUAAAAUAGUAAACAAACAAACUUAUGAUAAAA